CAUCAACAGGCGUCACCACGUUAGAAGCAGUAUGGCAGCUCCCAUGAGCAGUGCGGGGAAACCCUCAGCCGAGCGUUCACCGUUCAAUACUACGAGUUUUCAGAAGAAAACAAGGAGCAGGUUAAUCUCCAUACCUGGUACCAGACCGUCGGUUCAAAAUGGACAGCUCUUAGUUUCCACCGGUGUCACGUCUCUCGACUAUCUGCUCGGUGGUGGCUUAGCAGUUGGAACAGUACUUCUUAUAGAGGAGGACCGAUAUGACAGCUAUUCCCGUAUGAUCUUGAAGUACUUCCUGGCAGAAGGAGUGGUGUGUCGACAUGAACUUUUUGUGGCGGCGGCUCAUGAUAACCCAGAUGACAUCUUACAGGAACUCCCGGCUCCCAUCUUAGAUGAUGUUGCUAUCCAUAAACCAGUGGAGCAGCCCAGGCUGUCUUGUGAACCUCAGGACAGUUUGGAUGCCAUGAAGAUUGCCUGGCGCUAUCAGAAUCUUCCAAAAGUACAGAGUGCCUUGGCAUCCUCAUCCCGGUUCGGGCACUACUAUGACGUCUCCAAGACGAUGGAGCCAGAAAUCCGCCAGGCAGCCAAGUGCCACCGCUUCUACCUUCCCGAACAUCCCACCCAGUCAUCACCCACACACAGUACCAUGCUUCAGUCCUACUCUGCGUUGCUGAAGUCACUUCAAGAGGUCAUUCACCGGGAGGGCUUUGAAGUAGCAGCCCCCAUGUCAAAGUCACGUAACAUCCUGCGAAUCGGGCUUCACUCUCUUGGCUCGGUACUGUGGGGUGAUGACCUGUGUUGCCAUGACAACCCCAGUAACAGCCAUGCCCUCACUACCUUUCUCUAUGGACUGCGUGCUUUGCUAAGGUCAUCGCUGUCAGUUGCAGUAGUAACUGUGCCUUCACAUCUCAUCCAGGACAGAGCUCUAAUGGGCAGCAUAACCAGGCUAUGUGACAAUGCCAUAGCCCUGGAAUCAUUCAAAGGCUCUGAGAGAGAGACCAACCCACUCUACAAAGAUUACCAUGGCCUGCUGUAUGUACGCCAAGUUCCUCACCUGAACUGUCUGGCGAGUAAACUUCCUGACCACAAGGACCUGGCCUUCAAGCUCAAAAGAAAACAGUUCACUAUUGAGGCACCAUGUCACUCCAGGGGCGGACCAGCACUCUUUGGCUGUGCCCAAGUCCGUAACACCAACUAACCCCCCCUUCCUACCCACCACCACAAGGGUCAAUGUGCCCUCGCCCCCUCACCCUACAACGCCCAAGGUCCAUACCAACACUGCCCUCCAAAGAGAAACAAAACCGAACUGAAAAGAGACAAAAUGGCCUCACGCUGCUUCCCCUGUCAAAGCUCUUGACAGGCCUGAGCGGGGGCCCCCAGAGGAGGGUUCAGUUGAAGAUGAUGACGACGGAGAUAACAAGUCAAGUUGUUGUGUUACAGCACAGUUACACUUUGGCCCUUGUUUGUCCAUUUGGUUAUUCAGAAGCAUCGCAGAGCUAACUGAUUCCCAUGCAUCUCAUGUUUAGUAACAUGACAGAUACUAUCAAAUGCUGUUUUACAUCAGUCUUUGGAGCGUGAAGGGUAAGUGAGGAGCUAGUUAUUCAAGAGAACAGGAAUAAACAUUCCAUUAGGUAUUAAAAAACCUUGAAAUAUUGUCAGCUAAUCAAUUUCCUGUUUGGACAUGCUCACUUCUAAUGAAAUUCAGUCAGUUAUUCGUCCCUUCCCAUUCUUCCAGUGUUUGGGAAUAUAAUUACACUCAAAAUGCUUACUCAUCCUUCUGCCUGCCUGCUGCCUACUCUGUCAGAUGCAUUAGCCAUGAAGCAGAAGAGAUGAGGAACCUGUGUAUGUAUCUGUCUAUCUGUCAGUCCACCUGAAUGUCUGUAUGCCUGCCUCUCAGAUUAUCCUGGAUCAGGCAGCAGGUGACAUGGCGAGCAGGUGACCGUCACCCAAUUACCAAAAGGAAAUUUGAGAUGAGCUUCAGUGUAGUUUGCAUUUGUUUCUUUCUUCUCCUGUCUCCUUUAUACUCUUUUUAAGCCACUAUUCAACUUGUUCACUUUUAGUUUUUUGAACAGCGUGUAUGUCAACAGAAGAGUGUAGAGUUGGAAAAUGUACCCAUUCUUACAUGUUAUGUGAAAUUUUAAAAUGUUAUACUUAAUGGCUGAAAUAGUUGGAUAUGUUUAAAGUUAAGUUCCUUAAUUACCAACAUUACAAGCUACUAAUAGUGAGGGCUGCAGGGAGAAGUACCAUAAUACCCUGACAGAAAAUACAUUUAUUGAUUGAUUAAUUUGGAAAAAAAAAGAACUACAUUAGUGAGGAACAAUGAGGAAAGGUGAAUGACAAAGCAUUUCUCUAAAAAUGACGAAGUCUGAAGGGAUAAAACUUCUCUAAUCAACAGGUUAUUCUUAGGGCAAGGUCAGGGAUCGUGUUGCACUCUUUGUUACAACAAAAGAAGAGGAAGGAAGAGCUUCUUCUUAGCUUUUGUUAGGUGCAGGUGGGCUAGAAUUACCGACGUAAUGGGAUUUAUGCUGGGUUGUUUCUGCAUUUUUUCUGGCAAGGUAGCGGAGGUAUUCUCUAAAAUUUCCAGCGCAAAUGUGAUGAUAGUUUGCUUCUCCAAUAGAGAAGCACAUCACCUCAUUAUGUGGGGUUUGCUGUGCUAAUACUAGUUCCUAUAGGUCCAGCAAAUGAUUUCCCACACAAUGCAGUGUAACUUUAGAGGUGUGAGGGAUUACGGCACUGGGAGGUGAUUUAGCAUGGUUUAGUGACUGGAUAGACCAGCAAGUCUGGGAAAUUUCUACCAAUUUCAUUCUACUACCAUUUUGACCCUUGGCUGGUUGUAGAAAUGGGACUGCAAAUGGAGGACAUUGACCUGGAGUCAUGGACAGACGUCCACAUUAGUUUACAGUGACUGCACUGAGCUCAGGGAAAUGGAAUUGGCAAAAGGUAUCACCUCUAAUGUGACCACUGUCCAUGAAUACUGGACUCGUGGUGGUAUAUCAAACUGUAAUUUUAAGAAAAACUUGGUGUGUUGUUCUGCAUCAGUACAAUAACUGGAAUUUUGUAUUCACGCAUGGCAGCAUAUUGCCAGAUUGCUUAGUUGACAUUUCUUCUGUGAUUGUAAUGACUUCAGCUUAGUGAUACAAUGUUCAGUUUCUCUCAUUUGACUGACUUAAUAGAGCUUAUGAUAUGCUGACCAAAUUACAACAAUGAUUGUGUUAAGUAGGUGUUUAUGGUAAAUAUAUCGUGUCACUUCCAUGAGCAUGUUCCAGCAUCAGCUUAUCUGAUUGGAACAGCCAGACCAGUCGUCAUGUGUUCCAACAAGGUGUUGGGUUUCCCAUAGUUCUAAGCUGUACAGUGACACGGGCCAUUUGAAAGUGUGGCUAAAACCCUAUGGAAGAAAUGACUCGUUAAAUUAGAACCUAAUACUCCAGUCAUUAGCAAGCCGUUACCACCAGUGGAAUGCCUUUGAUGGUGCUGCUUUGUGUUAGUAGGUCCAGUUUAAGCUCCAGUUCGUGCAUUUGGAUCUUGGAAUAUUAUGCUCUUACAUAACAUUGUAAUACUCACAACCAAAACAUAACAAAAAACCUUAAAAACUGGGAUUUGGUGCCUUUUCUGAGCCGUAAAAUGCUGAUAUGAUAUCCGCAAACAACCACUGGUGUAUGUAGAGAUUGUGAGCGACCAGUUGCGAGCAGCAUAAAACAGCAUAUUCCUUAAGAGCCGGGUCUUUGGGGUGUUUAGUAAGCCGAUGGGAAUUGUCCAUUGUGGGGUGAUAUUAGUAACCCUCUUAGGCAAAGCUAGUCUGUGGGCCGGCCCUGAGGGCUCAUUUCAAGUGCUUAGCGCUCGUUUGGAGCUUUGUCACCCCUCACCCUGUUGCCAGCAUGGCCCCAGCCCCUCUGGCUGUGGAGCGGAGCUGAACCACGGACCUUUACCCCUGCCCGCCACCAGGGAGGGAACACUGACAACACAACUCUAACACACAGUACUCGCACCAACAUUGUGGCACAAAUCCAUUUUCACAACCCCCCCCCCGCACCAGUGCACCACAACCAAUGGUC